GUGCUAGUAUGUAUGGUAUGUGUUGCCACUGUUGAAGUUCCUAUUAUACCUACGUACCUACAAGUUUAGAAGGUUAAGAAGCGCCAAGAAGUUUGUGGAAGGUUAUUCAAUGUAAUUUGUUUCGUAUUGCGCUAUUUUGCGAAGUUCUGUGAAACGUCAUAUCGUCUUAUCUUAUCUUAUCUUAUCAGUUCAAUUCAAAGUUCCUGAGUACAAAGUUACUUGUUCUGUUUGGUGUUGUACCUCUCUUUUUUAUUGCUUGUAUAACCGAAUUUCAGAAUAAGUGUAUAUCAAUACAAAAACGUUGAUCGCUGUCAUCUGCAAACGUCAUAUACAGAAGAAUGGAUUAGUUAUCCCGGUAGUUACGCCACUGGCAAUGUUAACGACGUUGACGACAGUCAGUUUAAUAAAGAGGUCAUUCCACAGGCCACAAUUUCAGGUUCCCGGAGUGUUUUGUUAUUCUCAGGUUUUAAAGCCUAUUCUGUGUUGGCCUCUGUGACUAUGUGACAAAUGUAGGGCUAGAAUUAAAAGAAGAGAAUUUUAGAGUUGCAUGAACAUGAAGUAAACACUACCAAUGAUAGUUCAAGGAAGAUGAAGCAGUUUUGUAUCCAUGAAUAUUUCACAUUGCAGAUAAUUUGAAAGCAAGUCUUCUCUUUUGCUUUGUACAGCAUACAGUCCUGAUUCAUUUCGGAAUGCUAGGGUUGUAUAUUGCUUUGAUAGUAACAAUUUGUGGUUUAGGUGUCAUCUUUCUGGCAAUUCCAGAUCUGAUGGAAAAUAAUUUGUGGUUUGUAACGUUUUUGGACAUAUUAGCCAAUUGGGUGUUGAUAUGGGAACUGACAAGUUUCUGUCAUUUCAUUGAAGGUGUAAGACACAAAACAAUGUUUGAUAUGGAGAUAGCUACACUUCGUAUAUGAUUUUUGGAAUUAAUGUGGGACUGCUCUUUAUUGUGAAGAGUUACAUUUGUAUAGUGCCAGACAGCUAAAUAAAGAACACGCUGUGAUAAAGUCAUCAAUAUGGUUGUUAUGGAAGAGCCCUUUCACAGUUCUAACAGGAUUUCAGUCCCAUACACCGUAGAAAACUUAGUAUCAAAUUUUGGACCUGCAAUCAAAAUGGACAGUGGUGACAUAUGUAAUAUAGAUUCAAAUUCAGGCAAAAAUGUUUUGCCUGUGUUAAGGUCUGUGGCUGUGAGUUCAAAUAUUGCUAGUUCUGCCCAAGAGGAGGUAUGUCAUUUUUUUCAUGUUGAUACUUCUAAAAGCAAUAAAUUUCCAGCAGUUAGUACAGCAGACAGGACUUACUUACAAGAAAUCAAGCAAGAUCCACCAGCUGAAUACAGUUUACCAAAUGAUCAUGGUGCUAAUUCAUCUGUUUCUUAUAUCUUACCUUCUGAAGAAGAUAAUAUAGUAUCUGCUGUUGUUCUUUCCAAGUGGGAUGAUAUUAUGGGCCCACAGACGGUUCACGUAUGGUUAAAAGAUGAUGCAGAUGUAAGAAGCUUGGAUUCAAAAAGCACACUGGGCCAACACACAAUCAGGAACAUGUGCCUAGCAAAGUCUGUGAAGUAUGUGACAGUUCACACAGUGAAUUGUACUGGUUUAAACUCAGUUCUGUCAGCAAAUUAUGGUAGUGCUUCUGGAGAUCUAGGGCAGAGAAGCAGUGGUCUAUUCAUUGUUCCAGAAUUAGACCUCAUAGCACAAUCUGUAGUAUUCCAGUUACAGGAUCAUAAGUUGAGUGUUCCAUAUUCUCUUGCUCUGACAGUGAGCUAUCAACAUUACAGCUAUUUCCUACACCUUCGCCAACUGUGUCAGCACUGGCUUCAGCGCAUGGCUGCUCGCUUGUCUGCCAUUCUCAUGAAGUGUUUAUCUUCCAAUUCAAAAUUUGAAGUCAGUGAUCAAAUAAAUGGGUGGAUGAUGGAUGUCUGCUCUAUGAUGCAGUCACUGAAAUCACAUGGCCUUGCUACAGCAACUCAUAUUCAAUCAUAUCAUGUGUUAAGUAAUCCAGUGUUGGAGAGAGUCAUCACCUCCCAUCUGCAGACAUUUGGUUGUACUGUUGUUAUGGGAACAUCUUCUGAAGACAUUAAUUCAUUAAUUCUGUUCUUGGCUCUGUUCUUGGAUACAGAUGAACUACAUUGUUCACGGUUUGUGCUUCCUCCUGAGAAAUGUUCUUUCCAUGCUGCUCUCUUCUUGCAGGGACUGCUUCUGAAUGAGUUCGGUUGUCGAGAAUUGUGCUCCAUAGAAUUGGCUUCAAACCCAUAUCCUGUAACUGCAGUGGAUCUGACCCGAGGAGCUCAGGCAGCAGCAGUAAAACAAACUCCACUUCGCCACCACAGGUGGCAGGUGACUUGGUGGGAAUACCAUCUGCUUUCAGAAGAAGGGAAGGCUGAAGGACCAAGACAUCCGGUGCAUGAGAGUAUGUUGCAUCCAGUGAAAGAAGGUGCAAGCCUUGUAUGUAGUCUUCUGAAGGACCUGAGACAUCUACCACCAGGUCUCUGGUUGACAUAUAUACAGCUGUUUAAGCAGAAACUACAUUCCUUGGCCUUUAACCUCCUCAGUCUUGUUUGCUGGAUUAGAAAUGGCUCUGACAAACCUGGACACUGCAGAUACUUAGCUCAGGCACUGGGCCUGGAGGAAGGAGACCUGCUUAUUGUUCUGGCUGUCGCAGAGAAGCUGCAGCCUGGUGUAUAUGCCUUCGUCAUGGAUGAUAAUUCAGUUCCUAGGUGACUGCUUGAGGUAUUGGUAAUUAGAAAGUAUAGUCAAUUUGCCAAUUUUAUAUUAAUUUACACAAUAUUCUGUACUAUAAAAGUAGAAGCAUUGUUACAUUAAACUUGUUAUAAUGAAUCGAUAGUUAACCCUUUCUGGUCAUCGCUUUGAAAAAAUUUCUGCAGCCAGAUUGUCAAGGGAUUUUUAAAUGCCCACAGAGUCACUAAGCGAGCUGUUUUGCUCAAGAAGUUGGUACAACAAGGGCAUAAAGUGAAAAGCAAAAUGUGAACUUACCAGCACAAUGCAAGAAGACAAAUUCCCUGCCUUAUAGUGGUGUAUGACAAUCAAGUGUGGAGAGAGGUUUUAGUGUUUUACUGGCUAAAAUUGCUUUUCUCUAGAAUAAAAUAUAUGCAUAUUCCUUUCUUCUUAUAACUAUCACACUUCUAUGUACACAAACAACAAAAACCCGAUAAACUAUAGGCCCCACACUAAAACUUUUUGAAGUUUUUGAGAGUGUGAUUUAUUUUGAACACAAACAACAAAAACCUGAUAAACUAUAGGCCCCACACUAAAACUUUUUGAAGUUUUUGAGAGUGUGAUUUAUUUUGAACACAAACAACAAAAACCUGAUAAACUAUAGGCCCCACACUAAAACUUUUUGAAGUUUUUGAGAGUGUGAUUUAUUUUGAACACAAACAACAAAAACCUGAUAAACUAUAGGCCCCACACUAAAACUUUUAGAAGUUUUUGAGAGUGUGAUAUAUUUUGAAACAUUCCCCAGGACACAUGGAUGUUCGAUUUGUGCAGGUCUUAACAAUAGAAGUUCUGAAAUUUUGUAUCUUGCAUACCAGUUUGUCUCUAUAACAAUGUUAUUCAAAAGCUCGUCAUUGAAAAAUGAACCAAAAUAAUCCAUGAGCUCUGAAUUUGGUAGAAGGUUAAGUUGUGGCCCUGCAUUUUUAGUAAAUGUGUAUGCCUUGGGUUUCUUGUCCCACCCAUCAACACACAUAACACUUGUUUCACUCUCGCUCUCACUUUGACAUUCCAUUGCUGGAUUCUUCAUUCGCAGUUUCUUCUACAUUUUCCAAAUCCAUCUGAUCAUCAGAGUCUAUAUUGAGUUCUUCAUUUAACAGAACAAUAACUGACUCUUCGUUCUCAACACACACAGUAUUUUAUUUCAGUUCUUUCAUGCCAGAAGGCACACACAUACGAGAACACAAAGCCAUGUUCCUAAUACUGAUAUGCAGUAAUAUAUGAAUGGCAUUCGUUCCUCAAAUAGUUCAGAUUAUGACUUCCAGAUGGAAGGAGAAUGCAGACUAAACAUUCAUGAUUGCAGUGGUAUAGUAUACAGGGGCAAGUAGCGACAUAUGACCAACUUAUCAUUAGAGAAAUGCGAAAAAAAAAACUUUGCGCACACAUAUCGACAUUUGUCUGUGGGAGAACAUAAUCAGUGUUGAUAUAUAUCAAUGUAUGAUGGGAAAGGGUUGACUAUAUAGUGCUGUAUUUGUGGAUAUAUAAUAAGGAUCGUAAUAGUUUGCAUCCUGUUGUGUGUCUCAAAUAAGAUAUAAAGCAUACAAGAAUACACCAUCUACACAGAUACAUAUAUAAAUAUAAAAUAAGUCUUUGUCAAAAUUUAACUGAAUGUACUUAAGUGAUACAAUUAAAAUUACAACCUAAAAGGUUAAAGUUAAAAAUAUGAGAAAUUAAAAACCAGAUGCUGAAGAUUAAGACAAUGAAAGUUAAGUGUGAUAUGUUGGGAUUUUGGACUUUAUCCAUCGUCCUGGUUUUUAAGAUAACAAAUAAAAACACGACGUUUCGGA